AAGUUGGUACAUGAAUAUUUUGAGGCAAAGCCCGGAUCACAGUGUUGAAAAAGAAGACAUCUUCAGACCCUCGUAUACGGAAAGCAACAAGAGGGGCGCCCACAGCCCGUAUAGAAACUAUCAAGCCUGAUGGUUGAUAAUAUAUCCGUUGAUUUGAACUGCAAAGCUUUCAGACGUGCCUUGAUUGCCGUCCACUGUCCACCUCUGCUACUGCCAGAGGUCCGUAUUCUUAGUGCUAUUGGCGCCGGUCAUCGUCACUACACAACAUGUACAAAGUGACAGCUGCGUUUCUGACAUGUUUGUUUACUGUCAACGCCUACAGACUACAGAAAGAUGUUCGUCCGGAACAUUACAAGCUUGAAAUCAUCUCAUAUCUAGGUGAAAAGGACAAUUUCAAUUUUGAUGGCAAAGUUUGGAUAGAUACUAGCUGCGUUAAGCCUACGAGUAAUAUAACUCUCCAUUCAAAAGACCUAACCAUCAAGGAGGGUGAAAUUAACAUAAAGGACGUUUCAAGUAAUGAUAGCAAAACGCAAAAGAUUAGCAAAAUCAACUAUGACAAAGAGAACGAUUUCUUGAUUAUCCUGUUGACAGAACCAUUAAAAGAGGAUCAUAAAUACGAAAUUUAUAUUCCGUUCAGUGGGAAACUUGACGAUGGACUUGCUGGAUUCUACAGGAGUAGCUAUUAUGACAAAAAGAAGAAGGAGAAAAGAUGGCUGGGAGUUACACAAUUCGAAGCUAUCAGUGCACGAAGGGCCUUCCCUUGUUUCGAUGAGCCGGAAAUGAAGGCGACCUUUGACAUCAGCAUUGGAAGAAAAGAUGGAUACCGGGCAAUCAGCAACAUGCCCCUACUCAACACAGAGCCACUAAAAGAAAAAGAAGGCUGGUUCUGGGACCGUUUCGACACGUCCGUCCCGAUGUCGACCUACUUGGUAGCCUACAUCGUAUCAGACUUAGACUACAAAACGGCUGACAAAAGCAGUAACAACGUGACCUUCAGAAUUUGGGCCCGAAAAGACGCAUUGAGCCAAGUGGAAUUUGCGAAGGAAGUUGGCCCAAAGGCUUUGGAGUAUUACGAGAAGUUCUUCGAUGUUAAGUACCCGUUGCCUAAACAAGACAUGGUUGCUAUUCCAGACUUCAGCGCUGGCGCUAUGGAAAACUGGGGAUUGAUCACCUACAGGGAAGCCUAUCUCCUCUACGACCAGAACAUCUCAUCUAAGUCAAGCCAACACAGCGUAGCCUCAGUCAUAGCCCACGAACUAGCCCAUCAAUGGUUCGGCAAUCUGGUUACGAUGAAAUGGUGGACUGACUUAUGGUUGAACGAAGGUUUCGCUACAUACAUGGCAAGCUUGGCAGUUGAACAUCUCUUCCCCCAGUGGAAUUCUUUAGAGGAAGAGGGAGCUGAGAAUAUGAUCAGCGUUUUUUCGUUUGAUUCGCUGAGGACUUCACAUCCGGUAUCAGUUCCAAUCGGGGAUCCAAAAGAAAUCGACGAAAUCUUCGACACAAUCUCAUACAAGAAGGGAUCAUCCCUUCUCCGGAUGAUGAGCCUAUUUUUGGGAGAAGAAACAGUCAGAAAGGGUGUCAGCAAAUACUUGAACAAACAUAAGUUCAGCAACGCAGAACAAGACGACCUGUGGGAAUGUUUAACUGAAGAAGCGCAUAAAAAUAAAGUUUUGCCUGGCAAUUUGACCGUGAAGACUAUUAUGGAUACGUGGACAUUGCAGACUGGAUAUCCUGUUAUCACCGUGACCAGGGAUUAUGAGAAAAAAAAUGCGAUUGUUUCUCAGGCAAGGUUCUUGAAAGAUAUCGUCAACUUCAAAGAUAACUCAAACCCGUGUUGGUGGAUUCCUUUGACUUAUUCUACGAAGAGUAACCUAAGUUUCCAUAAAUCAACACCAGAACACUGGAUAUCUUGUCCAUCGGACUCGCAAGUUAUUGAAAAUUUGGGUGCCCAAGAUGAGUGGAUAAUUUUCAACAACAAAAUGGCUGGUAAAGGAAUAUAAUGUCCACAAUACUGCAAAAAAGUCAUGGAAGAUUAAUACAAAAAUAUUGAGCAUGUCAAUAUCAAGCUAGCUUCUCGAACUGUCCCAAUCAAUUUUAAAUUGUAUCACUCAUGGAUUUGAAGCUUUUAAUUUUAGUAGUAUUUUGUGAUCCUAAAAGUGAAAAUAGAUUGGAGCUCUAUCUAAUAAAAAUGUUUGCUGUAAAUAUUCAAGAUGCUUCUAGUUACUUAUUAUUUACGCGUAUUGUUCAGGAAUAUACAGGGUGAACUACGAUGCCAAGAACUGGAAACUCUUAACAGAAUAUCUGCAAAGCGAAGAAUACUCCAAAAUCCCAGUUUUGAAUAGAGUUCAACUGAUCAAUGAUGCUGCCGACUUGGCGUUUGUUGGUAGAUUGGAAUACGACGUAUUUUUCGACCUCGUAAAAUAUCUUAAAAUGGAAGAAGGAUACCUGCCUUGGAAAGCAGCUCUUGGAAAAACCGGAAGUUUGACAACUCAUUUGAAAAAGUCAUCUGUAUAUGGAAUCUACAAGGAAUACAUGAAGCAACUCUUGACACCAAUCUACUCAAAAGUGGGAGGCUUAGAGAUUUCAAAGACGAAGGCAGAUGAGCUGGAAUCGAUUAAACUACAAGUUAUGGUAGCUGGUAAAGCCUGCAAAUUCGAAGUAGCAAACUGCAUCGCUCAUUCACAAGAGUUGUUCAAGAAGUUGAAGGAGAAUCCACAAGGAGAGAAUCCCAUUCCAAAAGAUCUUCGUGGCGUCGUUUACUGCACAAGCCUGAAGCACGGAGGGGCAGACGAAUGGGAAUUCUUAUGGAAGAAGUUCCAGAAUUCCAACGUCGCAACCGAAAAGAACACUUUACUGAACGCCCUGGGGUGUACCCAAGAAGUGUGGCUACUUACGAGAUACCUAGAAUGGUCAUUGGAUGACACCAAGAUCAGGAGGCAAGACAGCGCGUCAGUUUUCGGUGCUGUUGCUAGAAACGAUGUGGGAUUCUAUAUCGCUAGGUCUUUCUUCUACGAGAAGAUUAAGGACGUCAUCAAACACUUACAACCAAAUAAGAGGAGGAUUAGCAGAUACCUCAACUCGCUUGCGAAUCAGAUGACAGAAAACAAAGAUGAACAAGAGUUCGAACAAUUUAUCGAGAAAAAUAAAGACAGCUUCUCCGAGGUGAAGAAAGCGGUUGAGCAAUCCUUGGAGACAGUGAAGAUCAACAUCCAAUGGCAGAACAAGCAUGCGAGCAACAUAAAAAAUAUACUGACGAAAUACGCGCAUAGUUCAUAGAUUUGCUUCAUCUUUUAGUUAUAGCGAAUAUUGAGGACUGAUUCAAACAUAAGCUCCAAAGGAAGUGAUUUAUUAAUUACUGUCGCAGUGUCUCCUCAAAUUAAAUGUACUUAAAUUAUUUUAACAGUAUCAAUAUGCCUUGUUUAGGUAUCAUCCAAUAAAAAUUUACCAUCAAGCAA